UGGCUCUCCCUCAGGCACGUCCGGCCCUGCACAUCCGGGCUCUGACAAUGAGUAACCUUUAUGAAACUCUAGUUCUACAGUGAACAGCCAGUACCUAAGAACAGUUAAUAUCUAAGUAGCUUUCUACAUUUUUUUUGAGAUGGUGAUCGUUUUAAAUCUAGUGAUAGACUUCCGACUCGGAACUGCGCAUGUGCAUAUGUCGCUCGGUGCAGACGGCUGGGCAACUCGGCAACAUGUCGCAGUUACAGAUGAGAAGCGGAAUGCCAAGCUGCGGCAACGGAACCUGAAGCUGCAAGAAGCAUCAGACAGGAGCCUGUCACAGCCUGAAAAUGGAGAUGUGCCUGAAGAACCAGAAAAAGGUGGAAAAGCUAAAAAGGCCCUGAAGCAUUCUGUGACUGCGGGCUCAGCAGAAGCACAAAGUGGAGGCGUGCCGGAGGAGACUGUGGAAAAUGCCAGAGUUAAAAAAUCACCCCAAAAACUUAGCAUUUUAACCAAUGGAGAAGCAGCAGCAAUGCCGUCUACAGAUCCAGAACUAAAGAAGAAGAGGAAAAUUGGAAAUGACGCUGAGCCUGAUACCAAAAAAGCAAAAACUGAAGAAAGCACGGAGGCUCGUGAGGAACCAGAAGACGGCGUCAAUGAGAACACCCUGAAGGCCAUAGAAGAAAUGGGCUUCAAGCACAUGACAGAGAUCCAGCAUAAAAGUAUCAGGCCACUUCUGGAAGGCAGGGAUCUUCUGGCGGCUGCGAAAACUGGCAGCGGCAAGACCCUCACUUUCCUCAUCCCUGUGAUCGAGCUCAUUGUCAAACUGAAGUUCAUGCCCAGGAAUGGAACAGGAGUCCUGAUUCUCUCUCCUACCAGAGAACUGGCCAUGCAGACCUUUGGUGUGCUUAAGGAACUGAGGACACACCACGUUCACACGUACGGGCUGAUCAUGGGUGGCAGUAACAGGUCUGCUGAAGUGCAGAAGCUUCUCAAUGGGAUCAACAUCGUCCUGGCCACCCCAGGCCGGCUCCUAGACCACAUGCAGAACACACCAGGGUUUACGUACAAGAACCUGCAGUGUCUGGUUAUCGAUGAGGCUGACCGUAUCUUGGAUGUUGGGUUUGAAGAAGAAUUAAAGCAGAUCAUUAAACUUUUGCCAGCACGUAGGCAAACCAUGCUCUUCUCUGCCACACAAACUCGAAAAGUUGAAGACUUGGCAAGAAUUUCUCUGAAAAAAGAGCCACUGUACAUGGGCGUUGACGACAACAAAGAGGUUGCCACAGUGGAUGGUCUUGAGCAGGGGUAUGUUGUUUAUCCCUCUGAGAAGAGGUUCCUUCUGCUUUUCACAUUCCUUAAGAACCGGGAGAAGAAAGUGAUGGUCUUUUCAUCCUGUAUGUUAGUGAAAUACCACUAUGAGCUGCUGAACUACAUUGACCUGCCUGUCUUGGCCAUCCAUGGACAGCAAAAGCAAAAUAAGCGAACAACCACGUUCUUCCAAUUCUGCAACGCAGAUUCGGGAAUACUGCUAUGCACCGAUGUGGCGGCCAGAGGGCUGGACAUCCCUGAAAUGGACUGGAUUGUUCAGUACGACCCUCCCGAUGACCCCAAGGAAUACAUUCAUCGGGUCGGCAGAACAGCCCAGGGCCUGAAUGGAAGAGGGCACUCCCUGCUCAUCCUGGGCCCUGAAGAGCUGGGUUUCCUUCGUUACUUGAAACAAUCCAAGUUUCCAUUGAGUCAGUUUGACUUCUCCUGGUCUAAAGUUUCUGAUAUUCAGUCUCCACUGGAAAAACUGAUCGAAAAGAACUACUUUCUGCACAAGUCUGCCCAGGAAGCGUACAAAUCCUACAUACGGGCAUAUGACUCCCACUCUCUCAAGCAGAUCUUCAAUGUCAACAACUUAAAUUUGCCUCAAGUUGCUCUGUCUUUUGGUUUUAAGGUCCCUCCCUUUGUUGAUCUGAAUGUGAGCAGCCACAGCAGCAAGCUUAAAAAGAGAGGUGGUGGCGGGGGAUUCGGCUACCAGAAAACAAAGAAAGUGGAGAAGUCCAAGAUCUUUAAACACAUCAGUAAGAAGCCAGCAGGCCGCAGGCAGUUCUCCCACUGAGGCGAUUUGCCUUCUGCCUGGACUGACUUUGCCCAACUUCCUCCUCCUCCAACCCUCCUCCCCAGUACUCUUUAAAAAGGAACGUUUAUCACAAAAAAAAAAAAAAAAAAAAAAAAAAAAAAAAUCUAGCCUGGAACUCAUGAUAAGCCAGAACGGCCUCAAACUCUAUAGAGAUUCUCCUGCCUCCAAGUCCUGGGACUAAGGGCAUGCGCCACCACGUCUUAAAAAACUAGUAAUUUUAAGGUAAAGCAAAGAAAUAUGUUUGUGGGACUAGGAGAGAAAAAUGAAAAUAAAAGGCAAAAAAGUCGGUGAUAUUAAAUUUGAG